CUCUUGCUAUUUACCUGGGCAAGGUAGGCACGUACGUAGACCUCUUCGAUAAUAUAUACCUCGCUCCUCAGAUCCGACCCUACCAUCCUCCUGUUCUCCUUCAACAACCAAUCUCAAUACCAGGCCAUAGCACACACAUCACCAGUCUGCCACCACCAUUAUACAUCCAACAACACAUAUCUCUACGCAGUAAACCGCCAACAUGACUGACAACACGAACCCCGGAAACUUUGCCAACCGUCCCACUGAGGAAGUACGUGAGAUCGCGGCCAAGGGAGGCCACGCCAGCCACGGCGGCGGUAUCGAGGCCGAGAACCAGUCGUUCGGCAUACAGUCUUCAGGCACUGAGAAUACCAACCCGGGCAACUUUGCCAACCGUCCUACCGAAGAAGUCCGUGAGAUCGCAGCCAAGGGUGGUCACGCCAGCCACGGCGGCGGUAUCGAGGCCGAGAACCCGUCGUCCGGUACGCGAUCUUCGGGCACCGAGAACACCAACCCUGGCAAUUUUGCCAACCGUCCUAAGGAAGAGGUUCAGGAGAUCGCGGCCAAGGGCGGCCACGCGAGCCACAGCGGCGGCUUCGCCAGCAUGGAUGCUGACAAGCAGCGCGAGAUCGCUUCCGAAGGAGGCAAGGCGUCGUCCGGCUCGUUCGAGGCUGGAUCCGAGAGGGCGCGGGAGGCUGGCCGCAAGGGCGGCCUUGCUGGAUCCAACUAAGUACCUCCCCAACGCGACGAUUCGAGCUCGGCCAGUUAGGAUUGUACGAUAGCAGAGUGAAGGCUACGGAGGGGUUAUGAUUCACGGACAACGUAGACCUCCCUCGACAUACAGGGUCUGACUAAUGAGAGCCUUUUGAUUUUUGAUCAACGAUAUGAAUCGGGUGGUGUUUGCAUUGUUGUCCAGUGUGCUUCGUCCAGCUUCCGGACCGUGAGUGAGAGGUUUCUUGAGAAGGAGCAAGAUGGAUGGGGCCCCGAGCUGUGAAUGCGUCCCCGGUCACCCCUCGGCCACCCCCUCCCGAACCGGAGAGAACAAAAAAC